CGUCAUGGGGAUGGUGUGGGACGGUUCUAAAAGGCACAUUAUAACACUUCGUGGCCCAGGAUGAUGUUGAAAGACGCUCAACGAGGACCCACGAGACUUACAGUUUGCUGAGCUGUGUUUAUGGAUCAUGUGAGUAAUAUAAACAGAAAGCAAGUUUCUGAGUUGGCAACAGGAGCCCACCUGUGUUUAAUCACAAAGACACGAUACAUGCAACUUCACCCCGAUCCAACUCUGAGGGCCAACGGUCGAAGUCUACAAGUGGAAGGAUGAACUGAGAAGUCGCGCAUGGGACUCCUAAAACUUGCUUGUUGUGAGAUAAAGGCAUACCUAUGUUUAUAAGAUGACACUCAACACACAGAAAGAGGGAAAGGAACCACUGAGGAGAAGAGCGAGUACUCCCAUCCCCUCCUCUCGUCAAGGAGGCAAGGGAGUAAGAGACCCCUCUGCUGACCCCUAUCACCCUCCGCUCGCCCAAUCAGCCUCGUACCACCCCGGAGACAAGAGCAUUCACUCACGGGCCAACUGGUCUUCAGACUCAGAUUCGGACAGCUCUGGAGCCGAGUGUCUUUAUCGUGUGGUUUUGUUGGGGGAUCAUGGCGUGGGGAAGUCAAGUCUUGCAAACAUUUUUGCUGGAAUACAAGAGAAGGAUGCCCACAAACACAUUGGAGAGGAUACAUAUGAGAGAACCCUCACGGUCGAUGGGGAGGAGACGACCCUAGUUGUGAUGGACUCAUCGGAAACAGAAACACAGGAGGGAGAUGAGAAGUUGGUGCAGGAUUACUGCAUGCAGGUGGGCAAUGCUUACAUCAUCGUUUACUCCAUCACCGACCGCAGCAGCUUUGAGAGCGCAUCAGAGUUACGAAUCCAGUUGCGUCGCAUCCGGCAGGCUGAAAACAUUCCCAUCAUCCUUGUGGGCAACAAAAGUGACUUGGUGCGAUCUCGAGAGGUGGCAGUGGAAGAGGGUCGGGCUUGUGCGGUGGUAUUUGACUGCAAGUUCAUAGAAACCUCUGCCUCUCUGCACCACAACGUUCACGAGCUCUUUGAGGGCAUUGUGAGGCAGAUCCGACUGCGGCAAGACAGCAAAGAGAUCAAUGAGCACAGACGCUCCAUCUACAAGCGAAAAGAGAGCAUCACCAAGAAAGCCAGACGCUUCCUAGAUCGACUUGUAGCCAAGAACAACAAGAAGAUGGCCCUGAAAGUGCGCUCCAAGUCCUGUCAUGACCUUGCAGUGCUGUGAAGCCACAGAUCACUCUCAGUCCUUCAGCUCUGGGUUUCUUUGUGUUUUUGUUUUUCUUAAGGCAAAAGAGGAUUUGUCUUUCUGAUAAGACUUCUUUUAUAAUUGGACAUUAAUUCACUUUUUUUUUCUUUUCUUUUUUUUUCAAAAUCUAGCAUUAACAACCUGUUUAUUGACUCCCCUGCAGAUCUUGAGGUUUUGCUCAUUGUUUUUAAUCUUAUCCCAUAGAUCACAUUUUUGAUAGAUGUUUGAAUUAAAUCAAAGGUUUAUUACUAUAUAUCACCAAUUAAGUGGACUUUGUUUUAUAUUGAACAUUUUAUCAAUGUUUGCCUUAUUUGACAAACUGAGUAGGCAAUAUAAUUAAUUAACAAGCAAUAUUUAUUAUUUAUAGUUGUUUAUAUGUUUUCCUUAAAGAUGAUAAUUUCACCUUUUUCACCAAUUUUGUAUGCACUGAAAGAAAUUAGCCAUGAGAAAAGCCCAGCCCAGUGGAAACGUUAAAGUAGAGAGAGAGCUAGAACCAAUCUUUUUUUUUUCUUACAAGUGUAUUCUGUUAAAGCAAAAAAAUAAUAUGAAUGUCAAUCAUCAUUUAAAAAAAAAAAAAGGGCAUGUGAAUAUCCUCCAUAAGCCGGUUACAGUUUAGUUUAUUUGAAAAUGAAUUUGGUCAGUAAACAUUAUAAAUGUAUCAGCUAUUUUUGCCGGAAUAACAACAAAAAUAAUGGUUUAUAGGCUAAUUCUCUAAAUGUAUUUUUGUCUACUUUGUUGGCACUGGACAUGGAGGAGAAAUGUUUUUUGUACAACUUAAUGUUGUUGGUUUGUAAAUAUUUAUUUCCAAAAAUGUGUAUAAUAAUAAAUGGUUUGAAAUAUGUAAAUACAAUUAUGCUUUGCAUGAAUGCAGAUAUAACUUUCAAUGUUUUUUUUUAUUAUUAAAUCCAAAUCUGAACUGA